AUUAUAUAUGUUUGCAUUGUUAUUUUUAAAUAUUAACUCAGAUAAGUGAUUGUUUAUCUAGGUGGGACAUGAAUGUUGGAAAUUAAUAAACGAGAAGAAGCUUCAUAUUAAGAAGAACUGCAUUCCAGACCUUCCAGAUCAAAGAUCACGAGCAGAAUGCGCUGCAUUCUUCUCUAAACACAAGUAUUGUCCCAACGAGAAGUUGAUGAAAUGGAUUCCUUGUAAGAAAGAUUUGAGUUGGAUCACGAUGGGGACAAGUUCGGAACAGAAGAAAAGUAGUGGUGCUGCAUCAGCAGGGUUCUCAUAUGGGACUCUUGUCCCUCAUGGACCGUGAUAAAUUUAAAUUAAUUUGUCUCUUCUGGCAUUUGAGUCAUUGGGAUAAUAAUGAUGCGUCUUGGAUAAUAAAUGUCUUAAGUGUGUAAUUAAGUGUAUAUUUUUCCGUUCAAGAAAGUGGCACCAAAUUGUGUAAUAUAAAUUAUGGGGUUAU